AAUACUGUAUUAUGGAAAUACAGUACAAUUCUGUACGAAAUUCGCUGUAAAUUUACAGCAAAGGGUUACAGUGUAUGUGAAAAAUACAGCGUAUUGAACCAUAAACCGUAUAAAAACAUUCUAUUACAUUUAAAACAAAUGAAAAAAAAUGUUUUAGCAUGUCAUAUUACCCCUUUAAGGAACGCUAGUAACCAAACAAAACCAACCUGGUCUCAUGGGUAAGACGUACCUCUGCACACUUUUUGCAGCGCCACUAAAUACGUUCUAGCAGGUACAUAUUUCUACAGUUUUACGACACGAAAGUCCACUGGGGGCGCUAAAGAGAAGACCUCUGUGUGACACAUCGAUGACGGUCGACUCCACAUACAACACGAUUGAGCGUCAGAGAGAUGCCGGGAAACACACAGAAAUUGUGCCCCGGGUGCAACACCCUGAUAAGUGUUGCAUUCAAGACAUGCCCACUUUGCAAACAACUCCAGCCGUACAAAACAAAAGUUGCAAAAAAGAGAUGCAACUUUCAAAAUAAGAAGGCUGAAUGGAAGAAGUCAAUCGAGAAAAACAACAACAGGACAGUUGUACUUAAUAGCUGCCAUGUAAUGCUUGACAAACUUGCUGCCCUUGAUUUCUUCCCCAUACUACUUUUGGGAAAGAAAUUAAAGGGAAAGUUGGUGGCCGAUGCCAUCCUUGGAGGGGAUUACGUUUUGGAUCCCGAUUUGUUUCAGAGGGUUAAAUUGAUGUAUGAAGCAGUGCUAAAGAUUCAUUGUCAAAGACAGAAGAAGGCCACAAGUAGCACAGAAACUACUGACCCUCCAGAAGCUACUUCCACCAGCCCUCCAGAAGCUACUUCCACCAGCCCUCCAGAAGCUACUGCCACCAGCCCUCCAGAAGCUACUGCCAUCAGCCCUCCAGAAGCUACUGCCAUCAGCCCUCCAGAAGCUACUGCCACCAGCCCUCCAGAAGCUACUGCCACCAGCCCUCCAGAAGCUGCUGCCACCAACCCCCCAGAAGCUGCUGCCACCAGCCCCCCAGAAGCUGCUGCCACCAGCCCCCCAGAAGCCGCUGCCACCAACCCCCCAGAAGCCGCUCCCACCAGCCCCCCAGAAGCUGCUGCCCCCAUUCCCCCAGAAGCUGAUGCCACCAGCCCCCCAGAAGCCGCUCCCACCUGCCCCCCAGAAGCUGCUGCCACCAACCCCCCAGAAGCCGCUCCCACCAGCCCCCCAGAAGCUGCUGCCCCCAUUCCCCCAGAAGCUGCUGCCACCAGCCCCCCAGAAGCCGCUCCCACCAGCCCCCAAGAAGCUACUGCCACCAGCCCUCCAGAAACCACUGCCACCAGCCCCCCAGAAGCCACCAGCCCUCCAGAAGCCACUGCCACCAGCCCCCAAGAAGCCACCAGCCCUCCAGAAGCCACUGCCACCAGCCCCCAAGAAGCCACCAGCCCUCCAGAAGCCACUGCCACGAGCCCCCCAGAAGCUACCGGUAUUGAUAUCACAGGCUCAUCAGAAGCCACAAGACCCCAGGCCCAGAAGGCCAAAAAUAGACCAAGAAAUGAAGUACACUAUCCAGUCCAACAGAUGGAAGCCAGCAAGAAAAAGAAAAAGUAUGAGUGUCCAGAAUGCUGUAGGAGAGUGAGCCAAAACAACUUUGAUUACUCCAAGGUUUUGAAAAAAAGAGUGAGAGAGGGAACAGAGGAGGUCCUCAUUCGUUGGGUUCCAUGCAAGACCAGAUCUGAAAGUGGUCGGGAUGUGAAUACAUUUCAGAAUGUUAUUGGAAUAUGCAUUUGUGUUGGGGCUUGGUUGGCAGCCAGAGAGAAUUCCCACAAAUCCUGCAAGAAGGUUUAUGAGGAGCAACUGGAGUUGGCUGUCUGCAGGCACGUUGAGCAGAGAACAUCACAAUGCUGCUGGUUCCAUCUUAGGGCAGGAAGUGGAGAAGUAGUUGACUUCUAAAGCUAUAUUGAUCCCCCUUGGGACCUGGAAACCCUGAAUGCUCACCUUCACCUGGAAAUGAGAGCAUGGGCAGAUGGUUUGGGUGACUUGACAAAGGAUAUGCAGUCAACUGUCUUCUCAAUCGGUGGUACCACUCACUCAGUAGUCAACACAAACAGGCUGUAAAUGCAUACAGCAGUAUAGCCGUUAUGGAGGACAUUCAGGACAACUCUCCGGUGCUGAAGAUGUGCACAAAAAAGACUUUCCUUUCUAUUAAACAGCCCUUUUUUUGAGGUGAUUUACUCUAGAUAGGGCUCAUUACAAACCCAACUGUUUGAAAAUAGUGCACUUAGAUUUUUUAUUUUUGAACUAAAUCUACUAAGUGUUGUCACACAUAGCUUACAGAUAAUCAAGGCCAAAGGUCCAGCACAUAUAGAAUGGCAAUUCUAAGCUAUUAUUAAGAUAAACUCAAAAAUUGAAGAAGGAAUUUGCAAAUACUAAUAUUGGACUAUUAUUAUUAAUUUGGUUCAGCUUUUUUGUGACAACAAAGCUGUAGUUUCUCCAGACUGGUGUCACUACAUAGCAAGUUAAUCAUGCUAAUUUCUUAAAUAAUCCUAUUACAAAGCAUAAUUUGUUUUUCACACGCUUAAAUUGUACAGAUUUUAAGGGAAAAUAUUUUGUGUAUUAUUGUGUGUGUGUAUGUAUCUAAGCUAUGAUUGCAAUAGAAUGUGGAAAUGUCUUCAUUUGUCUUGAUGCAUACAUGCUGUUUGUCGUUUAAGCAUACUUGUUGAUGAACCCCAUCAAAUGGAAUUUAAAUCAUAGAUGUAUUUCUAUAAUGAUUUCCAUAUCGCAUCAUCCAAGUGUACAUCAAUAUAGACAUAAAUCAAAUCCACUUUCACUGACAUUCUGUAAAACUGUACAGAGAAAUGUAUUAAUUUGUCUUUAUGCAUAUGUUCACUGCUGUAAUAAACAC